GACAAAACAAGCUGAUGAAAAAAUUGUUUUCUUUUUGAUAUUUUGCGAAAAUUAUAAAAACAAGAUAAUUAAUAAAGAUGUCUUUAGAAUCAACAACUUGUGAAGAUCUUAAAGCAUUUGAAAGACGAUUAACUGAAGUUCUAGCAUCACUGCAGCCAGCAUGCAUAAGAUGGAGAAUUAUUUUGGGAAUUUGUUCACUUACAACUGGAUUUUCAGCUUUCUUCUGGCUCAGAGAUCCACAAACUAGCUUCUUGCCGUUAUUUGAUUCUUUAAUUAUUCACCCACUUUUCUUCUUAUCUGCACUUGCAUUAGUUAUGCUAUUCUGCUAUGGGAUCCACAAAUUAGUCAUUUCACCUCAGAUAAUAAUUUCACGGACAAGGACUGUACUUAAUGAAUUUAAUAUGUCAUGCAACGAAAAGGGAAUGCUUAUAUUAAAAGGAUUUCAGAAAGAAUAGAAGAGAAGAAGAUGACAUUUAAGGAAGAAUAAAUUAAGACUUAAAAGAUAUUAAUUAAAGUAUGAAUAAACGAUCACUUAAAUUUCAAAUUCAU